AUGCACCUAUCUGCGCACACUUGGAUGCGGCCUGAGCCUCUGGAGACAACUCUGCAACGACUCAGUCGUCUCGGCUACUCGAGUAUCGAGCUCGCCGGCGAACCUGACCAGUACUCCGUGGAACAGGUUCGUCCACUUCUCGAAAAGUACAACAUAGAAUGCUGGGGCACGGUCACAGUACAGCAUGGCGCUCGCAACCUACUCGCUGCUGAUUCACAACAGCGACGGAGUACCAUCGACUAUAUGAAAGAGGUUGUUUCGCUCGCCGCUGGCCUACGAGGCAAGAUCGUCACGGUUGUUCCUGGAAACGUGGGCACGCUCGUGCCAGACUCUACUCCCGAGAACGAAUGGAAGUGGGCCGUCGAGGGGCUACGCGAAGUGGCAGCAUUCGCGCAAGAAAAGCAUAUUCGACUCGCCAUAGAACCUCUGAAUCGGCUUGAAACGUACUUCUUGAAUCGAGCAGAACAGGCGGUAGCCCUUGCAAAGGAGGUCGGUCACGGCUGUGGGAUCGCCUUUGAUGUGUUCCACCUCGCCAUCGAGGAAAAAGACAUGUUUGAGGCGAUGCGCACUUACGGUCAAUACAUCGUUGAUGUUCAUGUCGCAGACAACAACCGUCUUGCCCCAGGAAAUGGCUCUUUCGAUUGGCCCAGGAUUAUGGCAACUCUAAAGGAGACUGGCUAUGACGGAGCGGUGGCUGUGGAGGCCAUGCCACCUAUUGAUCGUACACCUCUCGGGAAAUUUGGCACUCUGCAGCUCGAGACGGGAGAGGUUAGCAUCACCCCUGACCAGCAUGAUUUUAUUAUCAACCAUGGCUCAGGGCUCUUCUCUGAAAGUUAUUACAGCGGAAUCAUCGCCCGUUCCGCCGAGACACUAUUGCCAUUCCUCAAUUGA